AUGGGUUCAGAUUCAUGCAACCAGUGUCCAGGGUGGAUCGAAAUCACAACUUGGUGUAAAGGUAUACAACAGAUCAAUGACGUGAAACUGUUACAUGAUCGCAAAUAUGAUGUGGCUAUUCUUUUCCCAAGAGCAAACCAGAUUCGCCAAUGCUCAACAUGCAAGGAUGUCUUUAUCAACACAUUCUCUAUGCCACAGGCAUGGUGGUCGGAAUACUGCAGAAAGGCAAAUGGAUAUUUUGGCUGUGAGGUUGCCUGUACCAGGAACGACGUGAAUCCGACUACUCGCACUUGGUGUAGAUCUCUUGUCAAGAAGGUGUGGGAGGAGUCAAAUCACAAGAUCGAGUACGACUGGGACCGGUUCAAUAUCUUCACCGUAUGGAACCCCAGCACUUAUCAGACGACGAUCCUCGCGUUCGACCUGGCGGACGCAAGGAUCAACCAAAUGCGGAGUCUGCUCCUUGGUGGGUUACAGAAAAGCGAAAUGAACGAUCCGUUCUGGAUGUAUCCAAGGCUCCUCGAUGAUGUGGUGAGACUCCAGGACGAGUCCGUCUGGUCGGUGCGUCAUCUAGUCCGGGCGACAGAGAAAAGGAGGACGGAAGAGAAGCCGCAAGGAGACGGUCCCGAUUACGUCUAUCUUCAUGACACCGCACGGCAUGCGAUACAUGUGCUGGAGACGCUGGAGCUCGGAGCCAACACUGUGGAAAGCAUACUGGCGCACCACAAACGUGUCACAGGCUUGGUGGGCAAAAUAUCUGGAACGGAAGAGAACCUGAGCUCAGGGUUGGUGGUGGGCCGCCUGCUAUUCUACCAGGACAUGAUUCGCAACUUGAGGAGCCGCGCUUCCUCCAACAGAGCUAGACUACAGAACGAGAUCCAACUUGUGUUCAACCUUGUGUCCCAGCAAGAAGCUCGCACGUCGGUCGAAAUCGGACGCGCCGCCCGGAGUGACAGUGCCGCCAUGCGAACGAUUGCAUUCAUCACGCUGACAUUCCUACCACCGACUUUUAUCUCGGCAGUCUUUAGCAUGUCGUUCUUUAACUACGAUCAGGCGACUGGAAUAUGGGCUGUGUCGGACGAGUUCUGGCUGUUCUGGGCCGUGUCAGUACCCGUGACCAUAUUCACCGCAGUGCUUUGGAUCGUUUGGUCGUGGCUGUUCCCUGUGUCAACUAGUUGCAGUAGCACCCAAGGUGAGGCGGAGGUCACAAAUGGCUCCAGAACCAAGCUGUUUGGACUUAUUAGGAUGUUGAGCAUCAAAGACCGUGGAGGAUCGUUUCCGUCUACUAUUCAAGAACCCGGACAACUAGCUUGA